GAGCUCUAAGUAGGGUCUGGGUUGCCACCUCCUGGGAAGGCUGUGAGCUUCUCACACUAAGCAUGGGGUCAAACUAGAUGAUCUUCAAGGGUCCCCAUCCCUUUAUAAGGUUGCACCAUGGAUUGCAGAAGGAACUGAUCUGCCCUUCAGGUCUGCCCUGGCUUCGUGCCCUCAGGAAAGGGCUGCAAACUGCCCCUGAGCAAGUUUCUGGAGGAGGGAUGGGAGUUGUAGUCCAACACACCUGGGGACAGAUGCGGAAAGCUGUUUGUCCAGGUGUCGUUAUGGUGCUGUGUCAGCCAUCUUUAUCUGCCAUGGCUUCUGGGUUGUAGUUCUUAGACAUGCUCUCACGAUGAAUGCUUGUUGCAAGUUGAAGAAGGGCGUAGUUCAGGAUGAAAGGUCCUCGUAUCCCAUGCACACACUGUUGACUUUAAGCGCUUUUUGGAAUGACACGUCCACGCGUCUUGUUUGAAGGGCACCUUGGAAGAGGCGAUCGAAAGUUCUAAUCUGUUGCUUGCUCUAGGGAGCGGAAGGAUCUCGUGCCAAGAUGCUGGCUUUGCGCGGCGCUCUGAUCUGCCCAAGGUCUCUGGGUUGGUCUGUGUGCUCGAGAUUCCAGGCCUGGGUUUCGACCUGUAGUCCGGAUGCUGGGACCCCCCCUAGAAAAGCAAGAGGUGAGGGGAGCCUCGAAGAUUUCCGCUCCAAGCUAGCAGUGGGGCCAUCGCUGCAGCAUUUCGUACAAGCGGCUGCUCCUGCACAGGAUGCCCACCACUUGCCAGCUGAAGCCUUGGAAGGCCCUGCACCUUAUCUUGGACCCAUCAGCCUGGCAGAUUCCCCACAGAAAGUCUACCUGGAGACCUACGGCUGCCAGAUGAAUGUCAGUGACACGGAGACCGCCUGGGCCAUCCUUCAGCAGAGCGGCUACCAGAGGACCAGCAGCCUCGCGGAGGCUGACGUGGUUCUGCUUGUCACGUGUUCCAUCAGGGAGAAGGCCGAGCAGACUGUCUGGAAUCGCCUGCGCACGUUCACAGCUCUCAAGGCCAAGCGGCAAUGCUCACAAGGGCCUCUGCGGAUUGGGAUUUUAGGAUGUAUGGCCGAGAGGCUGAAGGAGAAAAUUUUGGACCAGGAAAAGUUAGUAGAUAUCGUAGCCGGCCCAGAUGCUUACCGUGACCUGCCCCGGCUCUUGGCAGUGGCUGAAUCCGGCCAACGGGCUGCCAACGUCCUGCUCUCUCUGGAUGAAACUUACGCAGACGUUUUGCCGGUCCACCUGAGCCCUGGCGCGACUACCGCCUUCGUGUCCAUCAUGCGUGGCUGUGACAACAUGUGCAGCUACUGCAUUGUCCCCUUCACCCGUGGGCGCGAACGGAGUCGGCCCUUAGCCUCAAUUCUCCAGGAAGUGCAGAUGCUCUCAGACCAGGUAGGAGCGACCCCCAGGACUCUGUCUGUCCUCUCUUUGCAGGGUGUGAAGGAGGUGACCCUCUUGGGCCAGAACGUCAACAGCUACCGGGACACCUCCGAGGUCCAGUUCCUCUCCAUGGCAUCGCCUCAGCUGAGCCGGGGCUUCCGCACCGUCUACAAAGCUAAGAAGGGGGGGCUGUGCUUUGCAGAGCUCCUGGACCGAGUGGCUGCCGUUGAUCCAGAGAUGAGGAUCCGCUUCACUUCUCCUCACCCCAAAGACUUCCCAGACGAGGUCUUCGAGGUCAUGCGGGAAAGGCACAAUAUCUGCAAACAGGUGCACCUUCCGGCCCAGAGCGGGAGCUCCCGUAUCCUGGAGGCCAUGAGGAGAGGGUACACGCGGGAAGCUUACUUGGACCUUGUGUACCAUCUCCGCGAUUAUUUACCAGGUGUCACACUCAUGAGUGACUUCAUCACCGGGUUUUGUGGGGAGACAGAGGCUGACCAUUUGCAGACGCUCUCGCUCCUCCGCGAGGUCCGCUACAACCUCGCGUACAUCUUUGCCUACAGCGAGCGGCAGAAAACCCGGGCGUUUCACCGCCUGCCGGAUGACGUCUCGCCCGAAGUGAAGCACCGCCGACUGCAGGAGCUCAACGUGGUCUUCCGGGAGGAAGCCGCCCGCCUCAGUGCGGCCACCGUGGGCCAAGUGCAAGUUGUCCUGGUGGAAGGGCCCAGCAAGCGCUCCCCUCUGGAGCUGUGGGGCCGGAACGAUGGUGGGAUCAAGGUGAUCUUCCCUGAUGUGGCGAUGAGGGACGGCGCCGAUGAGGCAUCGGCUGUCCGAGCACAGCCGGGAGAUUACGUCCUGGUCAAGAUCUCUUCUGCCUCCUCCCUGACCUUGAAGGGCACCCCUCUCUGCCGAACCAUGCUCAGAGGCAGCUCGGCCUCGGUGGAGGCACCCCGCAGAGCAGCAGAGUGAGCGAUGGGAGGAUUUCCUGCACCCCCAAGACAUCAAGGAGCAGCAGACCGACCAACAACGAACGUCCCGUAUCCCAGCUGCUCCCGGUCUGGUGCAUUGCCCAGUGAGAGUCUGUUAGCCGGAGAGGGCAGGGGCAGAUCUUCUGCAGCAGAGGCGGGAAGGGAAAAGGCAAGCUGCUUGACUGGACAGUCAGCCUUGGAAGAAAGGACCCAGUGCAUCAUCUAGUGGAGGACGGUUUCAGAAAUGCAGCGCGUUCCUGUGAUUGUCCCUGCCCUUCCAACCUGCUGGCAGUGAUGGCUCACAGGUGGAAGGUUCUGUGCCCACUUGGACUCUGAGGCACUUCAGGACCAACAGACUGUCCGAGAUGAAAGCUGUUCACUCUGCAAGGCAUGUCGGCAGCCCGCCCUCUUGCAAGCUUCUUAGUGGCUCACCUUGUGUAUCGUGGGAAGGACUUCUUGGCCUGGGCAGGGGACUCUCUUCACCAAGCAGGUGCCCUCCAGCUGGGCUGGGCGGCAUGACUUUUGGCUCCUUGGAGAUGAUGGGAGUUGCAGUUGUGGAGGCUGCUGUGAUUCAGAAAGGGGGAGUGGGAUGGGAAGCAGUGGAAUAAAUAAAUUAAUGUUCGAAAAGUG